UGCCGGUACGACUUUAUCGCGGGUAUUCAGUGAGCCACGAACUUUCGAUCGCGCAACAACGACAACCGGGUGUGUCGCUGGAAAGAAGUAAAUCAACUGUACCAAACUAAAAACCACCAAAAACGCGGUGCAUCCAGUGCAACUGCAAGUGUGACGCCACAAAACAGUCAUAAAAAGUGGUGAUAAGUUUAACAACAAAAACACAUCAUAAUGAACCCCGGUGGUAAAGGAUCCGGUCCGGAAGGAUUUCAAACGCAGCCAUUAAAUCAACCGCCCUACCCUGCACAGUCACCACCAUACCCGGGCCAAGGGCCGGUAGCAACUGGUGGAUAUCCUCAUCCUUCGGCAAACGUACCAAAUUAUGCGCAUCCACCACCUCCGCCACCGUACGAUGCUAACUCGAACGUGAUCCCACCGCCACAGAAUGCGUCCACGACUUAUGUGCAAGUUGUAACCAGUCCACAAGUAGGCCCGGAUCCGGCCUCGAUGGUGUGUCCCUCCUGUACCAAGCACGUGAUCACCCGGCUGGACUAUGAAACCUCAACUAAAACCCACAUUGCAGCCGGGCUACUAUGCCUUUUUAUAUGUUGGCCAUGCUUCUGGAUCCCGUACGUGAUCGAUUCGUGCAAGAACGCUAAUCACUAUUGCCCGAACUGUGGGGCCUACAUUGGAACAUACCGUGGCUAGGCUAGGUGUGUGUGUGUUUCACCGUGUGUGCCAUGUGUGACAAAACCAGCGCUCACCAGUAUCCCAUGUGCCCAAUGGUAUCCAAAAACUAUUAUUAUGAUAAUCCUGAGCCACACCGGCACCAGCGUGCCAAGUGCGCGAGUAUUGUGAUGUAAUUCCCACCUUUUUCCUUGCGUUUCUCCCGCUACCGCACGCAAAUCAAAAAGAAGAUUAAAUGCGUCACCCGUGUGGCCUAAGCAGAAGGUGGAAGAAGAGUUUACAAAAACUUGAAAAAAAAAGAAAGUGCGUGCAACGAUAGCAUAUUUGUAAGAGUAGGUCCGUAGGAAAAAUAAACAAAACAGAGCAAAAGAAGGAAAAAGAAAGAGAGAAAGAAAGAAAGAUAGA